GCGCGCCGCGACCUUCGCGACGACCGCGACACGCCUGAAACAUCUUGCCGAAUUGAUGCCGUAUGAUCUCAUCCUCUCGCUUAUGGUUAGGUUAGAGAGCAUUACGACGACCGAACGACGACCACAUCGGAGGCCUGAAAUGCUUUCCCCCGCACCCGCAUCUGACAUUCACCUAUGCUUCCAUGUCUUCUGACUCUACGUUUCUUCUAGCAACUCUCUUGCUGAUGUACACAGCGAUGGAGGAAGACGAUAUGCUUGACUAUACUUCUGACGAAGAACGCUUCAGUGAAGACGAUUGGGUAGAAGAGCCGUCCACCUCGUCGGCUCGCAAACGAUCGCAUGACGAUGUGGAGGCUGAUCAAGACGCAUACGACGAUGACGAGGACGACGAUGGUGGCGACGUCGACGUUGAAGAAGAGUUGGACCAUCCAGCAUCGAAACGCCAGAGGGUAGAUGACGACGCACUGGUCCCCGGUGUGAUCACCAAGACUGGGGAGGAGAUACGGGCACGCGCCUUGCAGCCCAUGGUAGAAAAUCAGCGACGUGACAACGGCGCGCAGAGCGGUCCAUCUUCGGAGACAGGUGGACGAAGAACCCGCCAGCCUUCGCCUUCACCAGGUCGCCCCGACCCCUAUGAUGCGACACUUCCACCUCCCUGCGACACCUGGAUCCAGCUGCGCCUCCAGCUCUUUCGCUUUAAGGGUGUCUAUCGCAUCGUCCGAUUUCCGCUGAACUACACCUUCGCGACGUUGUACAGGUUCCUGAUGUACAGCUUCGGAUGGUCCGGCGAGCACCUGCACGAAUUCAACGUCUUCAGCCACGUCGAGAUGUACAAGACACGCCCCGGUGAGAUCAAGAAGGUUGUACGGCCGGUCCCAGAACGGCCGGAGGCCAACGACCCUGAAGCAUUCUGGCAGUGGUCUCUUGCGCUCCGGGCGCAGAGUGAUCCUAUCAUGCGGAUUAUCCCGUGGUCGGCCCGUACAGAGCGUGCUCGGGGCUUUGACGUAGAGGAGCUCACGCAGGUCCUGGAGAGCCACGCCGUCAGCAUUGGUGACAUCUGGAACCAGAGGAUGAGGGAUAACGCUAGCAAGGGCGAGUGUCGCAACGAUGAGAUUGCUAUUAAAUUCGUCUAUGACUUUGGAGAUGAAUGGGAGGUGCAUAUCUCGAUUGAUCGCACCAAGGACGGCCAUUACAGGUUUCAAGGUGAGCCGCGAGAUUACCCAGAGGUCAUGGUCGCCAAAGGAGCCCCCCCCAUUGAGCAUGCGAGACAUGACGUCCCUGGAGACAUCGCUCACAAGAAGAAAGUAUCCCCUCUUCUGUUCAAGCCGGAUACCUUCGCGCGAUACGUUGCCGGGGAGGUGGGAUCAGUGUCACGCACAACCGAGUUGGCGAUAUACAACAUCGAAGAGGAGCGGGCGCGCCACGCUGCAGCCAGGCAGGCGGAAUCCUGAAAACCACCUAUAUCCCGCAGUGGGCAGCAUGAGUCGAUUCCAGAUCCUGACCGGAUGAAAGGAAGUCUAACUCAGCCUUCUUGCUUUCCACUUCGUCGCUUUCAGCCGUUCGGAAUACUGUUCACAUAAUUCAUUCUUAGUCGAGGAUGGCUGCCUAUUGAAACCCAUCCUGAUCAUCUAGUAGCCUUUCUAGCAUACUUACAUGCAUCAUCCACUAUUAAAUCUCCCAGACUCAUUUUUAAAUGAUGGUACGGUACCUUCGUAUAAAGGAGUUCGUUUAGAGUUGGAUUCUCAACCAUUACAUGUGUUCAGCCAUUACAUACAUGAUGUCCGGUCCUUGCCAGGAGUUGACUUUUGUUACAAACGUUGACAGGUUUGUAAGCAAAGAUGGGUGGCUAUUCCACUGGCAUCGGCGAAGGCUGAGUACUGGGUAGUAAGUUGUCGAGAGCACAAUAGCGC